AUGGACGGAUCUUCUUUGAACAUUACCUCAUUAAAGGACAAGGUCAGCGCCAAAAUUAAGGCGGCCAAUGAAAAGGCAGCCUCCAAAAAGAACAACAAGAAGAAGGCCAGUGAUGAGAAGAAGAAGCAGGCAGCGGAGGUCACUAGUGACAAGAAACCAACCACAAAUAAGAAAGACUCUUCUAAGAACGUUAAACUUGAAAAUAAAAAGAAGAGCAAGAAUAACCAGAUGAACAAGAAGGACAAACAAAAGUCCCAUGACUCUAAAAAGAAGUUCAACAACAAUAAGGAAUCAAAUGAUACCAAAGUGGAUGAAAAGGAAAUUAUGCGCCGUGAAGCCCUUGAAUUGGGUGCCACUGAAGAUGAUUUGGAAUUGUUGAAAGGUUUCAAUGAUGAUGAUUAUAAAGACGUCGAAGAUGACGAGAUUUUGGACUUUAGCAAAGACAAAUCUUCGAAGAAUAUUAGUAAAGGUGACUUAGAGAGUUUCAUCAAACAAAUCGGGUUGACCGGUGAGGUGAACACUGUUGAAGAUGAAGAAGUCUCUGAAAAGGAAUCUGCAGAGGGUGAAGAAGAAGAAGAAGAAGAAGAAGAAGAAGAAGAAGAAGAAGAAGAAGAAGAAGAAAAAGAAGAAGCCAGUAAUCCGAGUUCAACUCAGUCGAAAAAGAACCAAGAAUCCAAGAAUGAUUCAAAACAAGAGACCAAAACUUCUAACAGAGAGGAAAUGAAAAAGAUGACUUCCAUCGACUCUCUGCACCUACUUUUACCAGCCCAAGUGGAUUGGUAUAAUAUUCAAAAUGAAUUAACUGAAGCCAAGGCCCCAGCCGUCCCAUUAAACAAGCAACAGAUAGAAGAUCUUUUUACUAAGGCAAAGAAAGUCACUGAAGAGGAAAAUACUAAAUAUUAUGAAGAAUUUUCCAAGAAAUCAUCGCAAAAGAAGUUUUUCAGUGAAAUUUUAACUAGUGGUACUUUGAACGAUAAGAUAUCUGCUUUAACCCUUAUGAUUCAAGAAGCCCCAUUGCAUAAUAUGAAAUCCAUGGAUACUUUAUUGGCAUUUUGUUCGAAAAAGUCUCGUUCGGCAGCCUUGCAAGCCAUCAACUCCUUGAAGGAUUUGUUGAUCAAUGGGUUGUUGCCAUCAGAUAGAAAAUUGAGAUUUUUCAAGAACCAACCAAAUUUGAGUCAGAAAACUUCUGAUAAAUUGUUGAUGUUGUACUAUUACGAAGACUUUUUGAAAAGUCAAGUAUUCAAGUUGCUCGAAAUCCUCGAAAGAUUAACACAUGAUAGUAUCCUACAUGUUAGAAUGAGUGCGGUCACUUAUGUGUUUGAACUUUUGGCCGCCAAGCCAGAACAAGAACAAAAUCUUUUGACUUUGGGGGUCAACAAAUUGGGGGAUAUUGACCACAAAGUUUCUGCAAAGACUUCUUUUGCUAUUCUUCAAUUGGAACAAUCACAUCCUGCUAUGAAAUCUAUCAUUGCCAAAGCGAUCAUUGACUUCUUGAAUAAGAAUUAUGACAACUACAAUAGUAAAUAUUACUCGGUGUUGACAUUGAAUCAAACAAUCUUGACCAGAAAGGAAGUCGACUUGGCAAACACCUUGAUUGUCUCAUACUUUACCAUUUUCAGAAGAAUUUUGUUGGACCAAGAAAAGGCUGAAGAAACCAACGAAAAUGUUAUUGGGAAAGUUCAAUUGGGACGUAAAUCCAACGGAAGAAAGAAUUUCAAGAAGGGUAAGAACGGUGGGAAAUCGGUUAAAGCAGAAGUCAAAACUGAUGGAGAGGUCAAAGAAGAGCAAAAUUCCAAAUUAUUCAGCGCAGUGUUGUCUGGUCUUAACAGAGCCUUCCCAUUUUCAGACUUACCAAACGAGAUUUAUACCGAGCACUUGGAUAGCUUAUAUCGUAUUGUUCAUUCUUCAAAUUUCGCCACCACAAUUCAAGCAUUGUCUUUGAUCCAACAUAUUGUUAGUGCUCAAGGUUUGGAUAACACUCGUUAUUACAAGUCAUUGUAUGAAACUUUAUUGGAUGAAAGAUUGGUAAACAGCUCCAAGCAAGGGUUAUACUUAAACUUAUUAUACAAGUCUUUGAAAAAUGAUUCUUCUACCGAUAGAGUUUUGGCAUUUGUGAAGAGAAUUAUUCAAGUCUGUUUCAGUUGGUUGAACAUUGGUGCGGUUUGCGGGAUGUUGUAUUUAUUAAUUCAAUUGGUUACGUACCAACCUUCAGUUAAGAUGUUAUUGGAUAAGGAAAUCAUUAACGAAGACGAAGAAGAAGAAGAAGAAGAUGCUGAGGCAGAAGGAGAAAAAGAAGAAAAGAAAUUUGGAACAAACUAUGACUGUCAAAAGAGAGAUCCACGGUUUGCCCAUGCUGACAAGACCUCUCUUUGGGAAUUGAUCCAAUUCUUAUCUCACUUCCAUCCAAGUGUUAAACUAUAUGCCGAUGGUCUUCUUAAUUCCGUGAAAGAUAAAUCUAAUGAAGAAGAUGAAGAAGAAGACACUUUGGUAAAACCAGAUUUAGGGUUGUACACCUUGAGUCAUUUCUUGGACAAAUUUGUGUAUAAGAAUCCGAAACAAAAGGUCACCACUAAAGGUUCAUCCAUUAUGCAACCUUUGGGAGGCACCCAGACCGGUUCUUUGUUAGUUAAAUCUAGCAAUGUGAAUAGACAGGAAGAUAUCCCAGUUAAUUUGAAAGACUGGUUCAACAGACAUACUGACGAUAUUAACCCUGAUGAAAGAUUUUUCCACGAAUUUUUCAGACAUCAUGAAAACCAACCAAAGAAUAUGAAGGUUGAGGCCACUGAGGAUGGAGAGAGUGAUUUGGAUGAAGAUGAAGUUUGGAAAGCCUUAGUUACUUCUAGACCAGAUCUUGAUGGUGAAGGUGAUGACUUGAGUGAUGAGGAUGUCUCAUUUGACGACGAAGACUUCUCUAGUGAUGGCGAAGGAUUAGACGUUGAUGAUGAAGUUAGUGGUGAUGAAGAUGGAGAAAUUGAUCCUGAACUCGCAGCGGAAUUUGAAAAAGAACUUGAUAAAAUUGGAGGAGAUUCUGAUAAUGAAAGUGAUGAAGGAGAAGAAGAAGAGGAAGAAGAUGGUGAAGAUGAUUUCACUGCUUUCAGUGAUGAAGAAGCAGCCACUGAUAGUGAAGAUGACAAUGAAGCUGCUGAACUUUUCAAACAAGAUGAUGAAGAUGAAAUUUCUAGUGAUGAAGAUGUCAGCGAAUUAGCUAAUUCGAAAAAGAGAUCUAGAGAUUCAGGUGAAGAGAAGAAAUCUAAGAAGAACAAGAAACAAAAGAUGAAAGACUUGCCACUUUUCGCCUCAGCCGAUGAUUACGCCAGAUAUUUGGACUCUGAUUCUGAGUGA